AACAGUCAAAUUCCAAGGAUGCGCGGAUAUGUCCCGCUCUCAAUCUAUUCAAAAGAUGACUGUUCGGUCAAGAAUUCUUUUUUAUUUAAUAGCAAUAUUGCUGCUAUUGCAAACAUUUACAAAAAUAGUGACUGCAGAUCUACUUUUUCCUUUGGUUUAGAUGAGUUCGAUGAGGAGGAACUUGUAAAUUCACAGGGACCGGAGGAACCCGUUCUUGAAACAUUUAAGGACCCAGUACCGGAGCCAAAGCCUAUCGUUGUACCAAAAUUAGCGAGACCAAAUUUCGAAUUAUCAGAUUUUUACCGAGAAAUAUUUAUGAUAAUAUGUAUAAUUGUAUAUUUGAUUAAUUAUUUUAUUGGCAAACAAAUUAAUGAAAACAUUGCAAGGAAAUGGAUGGAAACUCAUAUUUCUUUGCUCAGAGAUAAUUUUGCGCUUGUUGGAACCGGAAAUGACGAUAGUAAGCCUCUUAUUAGAGAUGGGCCAGCAGAUUAUCUUUUCUAUCUGAGCGGUCGCAGAAAUUGUCAGUAUGUUCAUGGAAGAAUUACGCUUAAGGCAAGGCAUAACUUGAUUAAAAUCAUCACCAACAUUAUUAUUUCUCAAUUUAGUAGUAAUGUUAUAGAAGAUACUGUGACAUUUAAUGUGUGUAUGAACGGUGAAGAAUAUGACAAUUUUGUUUUCGCCAUCACGAAAAAGGAACAUUCUAGAGAGCUUCGAGGAAACCGAUAUGAUUUGCAAGAUUUUACCAAACAAGUCAAUAACAAUCUACUUCCAGGAAGUUUAUGUGCACAAACCGAAUCUUCUGAAGUUACUGAUACAUUUCUUACCAAGCAAGUAGUCGAAUUUUUAAGAAAGUCUGAAAUUUAUUUAAAUGCUAUGAUCGUGACGGAUCAAUCGCGUGUUAGACCAGAAAAAACUGCUGAAAAUCAGCCAAAAUUGUUAAUGAUUAUUAGUUCCAUUCCUGAUGAUCUAUCUAAACUUAAUGAAACUUUACCUGUUUCAGAAUUAAUUAUGUACAUGAUUGAUUUCAUUCCUGCUAGAUGUUCAUUCAGAUUAGAGACGAAGAAUAAAUUAAAGAAGAACAGAGAUGAUGCCGAGAAAGCCAUAAACAAGGCUUUAGAAAUUGAAAGACAAGAAGCUAUUCAACAGAAGAAAGCUGAAAAGAAACGUGCUGAAGCUGAACGUGUUGCAAAAUUAUCACCCGAAGAACAACGAAAAGCUUAA